GGCAACCAUAUAUCAGAGAAACCAUGAAAGCCUAGAAGCGAGACAAACGUGAGUAUGUAGCAACCUCACUCAAAUCCUUAUAAGAGAGCGAGGGAGCGAGAGAGAGAGAGAGAAACCUAGAGAGAGAGAGAGAGCGAGAGAGAGAGAGAGAAUGAGGACUCAAUCAUCUGAAAAAGGUGCCGCCGCCGGCGAAGCCCCGUCGAAGGCGAAGGGGAAGCGGACGCCGUGCUGCAGCAAGGUUGGGCUGAAGAGAGGGCCAUGGACGCCGGCGGAAGACAAGCUCUUGACGGACUAUAUCAACAAGGAAGGCGAGGGGCAGUGGCGAACCCUACCCAAGAUGGCCGGCCUCCUCCGCUGCGGCAAGAGCUGCCGCCUCCGCUGGAUGAACUACCUCCGCCCCACCGUCAAACGCGGCCACAUCACCCCCGACGAAGAGGAUCUCAUUCUCCGCCUCCACGGCCUCCUAGGCAACAGGUGGUCACUGAUAGCAGGGAGGAUUCCAGGCCGGACAGAUAACGAGAUAAAGAACUAUUGGAACACUCACCUGAGCAAGAAGCUGAUUAGCCAAGGAAUUGAUCCAAGAAACCACAAGCCUCUACCCGUAAACCCUACCAACUCCAACCACCCCAAAAACCAUACCCCCUCCUCUUCCUCAGUUCCCAUAAUCAAACCCACGCCCAUUCACGUUGGUCUUUCCAACCAAGACAAGAACGUGAAGAUGAAUAGCAGUACUACUGUUAACGUUGUUGGAGGGACGACAAAUCUUCAGAAUGAUCAGAUUGAUCAGCCCAACAGCGUGGGAGGGACGACGGAGAAUCAUCAGCCUACUGGAAAUGGGGAUGAGGAGUUUAAUAUGGAUCUCGGAGACGAUAAUGAGGAUAAUGUUGGGAUGGAUUUUUGCCCGGACGAGGAUGUGUUUUCGACGUUCUUCGAUUCUUUGAUGAACGAGGAUGUGUUCUUCGCUGCCCAAAACAACCAGCAACCUAAUCAUCACGACAUUACCCCCCUGCCCUCAACUUCUGAAAAUAAUAAUAAUAAUAAUCAGCCUCUGAAUCCUUUCCAACACAUGAACUUCCCCUUCAGUACUGAAGGAUGGGUUGAUGAUGAUGAUGAUGAUUUUCUACCAUGA